GCCCACAAUCCUCGCAGCACUCUUCGUCCGCUCUUCGCGGUAAUGGAAGAAGCCGUACGCGAAAAAUCGCUCAGUGCUCACCGAACACCCGCGAGACGCGCAUCCUUCCCGCGGGAGCUGACAGGAUCUUCAGCAAUCACUCACGGAUCGGCCACGGAUCGAGGAUGCUACGUCGCGAUCGGCAGUUUCUUAUACGCCGCAUUAAUUGUUACGCUCGUGUUUGAGGUAUUACGAUUUGCUCGAGAUGAUGCUGCAAAGGAGUCACACUGCGGAGAUGGGAGGUGUAUUCUUUAAUGCUCUUUUCGCUGGAGUGAUUACAUUGUUGAUCUACCAAGAUAUCGCAAGGGCGGAAGAGGUGCCUGCCUUUUUUCUGAAGAUCGCCAAGGUGCCAAAUGUACCACGAGUGGGACGAAGCGGCAAGUUUGAAGAUUUCUUCUACAAAGCCGAGAAGCACAUACCACGAAUUGGGAGAAACAGUCAGUUGAACGAUCCUCUACCGCUGCAAAACGAGCAGGAGACUUAUUCCGAUUUGACGAAAAGGCGAAUCGAUUACACCGCCAAAGCUCAAGACGCAUGGUCUUGGCAGAACUUCCCUCUUGCGAUUGAAGGUCCGAAAGAAUUGUGGCGGACAUUAGCUUUAUACGCCAGGGACGACAGUGAUGACAUCGAUAACGAAGUGUGGCACAGGAAGAAGAGAACUGGAAAUAGACCGGUGCCCGCGCAAACUAAUUAGCGCGAACGCAAGUAUCCCUCGCGACUUUGGAAACGCUAAAUGCGGAGCUUUAACCAUUGCUGCUACGGUGACGGGUUUUAAUUAAGAAUAAUAAAUACGUAACUACGAAGAGCGGCUUCACCUUCAUCCUUCUUCGGCUUCUCCACGUUGAAUCUGUAAUCCUUACCAGCACAGAUGAUUAGUCUUCUAAACUAAGUCGUAAUUUAUUGCUAUUGGAAAUAUUCUACAAGAUAUUUGCGAAAAGUUCACGUUCGACGGAGAAAUAAAUUAACAAUUUAGAAUAUAGAGAUUCUUAAUGUACAUCAUGUUCCAAUAAUGUUAUUGACUGUCUUCGUAAA